AUGGACUCGUCACUGAGUACUGCAUCAGCGGCGGCAACCGGCGGUGGGAACGGCGUUAUUAUUCCACAAUCUAACGACCCAUCCCCCAUGGAAUCGUCAGCCACCGCCGCCGCAACUCCGACAGACGAUUCAAAACAAAACUUAACCCUAGUUAUUAAUUCAAUCCAGAAAACAUUAGGCAUCCUCCACCAGCUCUACCUUACCGUCUCCUCUUACAACGUGGCAUCCCAAUUACCCCUUCUCCAGCGCAUGAAUACUUUAGUGUUGGAACUGGAUAAUAUGACGAAAUUGGCGGAGAACUGUAAUAUUCAGGUGCCCAUGGAGGUUCUUAAUUUGAUAGAUGAUGGGAAGAAUCCAGAUGAAUUUACGCGGGAUGUGUUGAAUAGUUGCAUUGCCAAAAACCAGAUUACUAAAGGCAAAACAGACACCUUCAAGAGCUUGAGAAGGCAUCUGCUCGAAGAACUGGAACAGACAUUCCCUGAUGAAGUUGAAGCAUAUAGGGAUAUACGUGCGGCUUCUGCAGCUGAGACAAAACGGUUUGCACAAGCACAAAGCACGUUACCAAAUGGUGAUGUGAAGGUGAAAACUGAGAUUUGA